GAGUGCAUGUGUACGCGCCGGAGCUAUUGAACAGUUUCCAAAAGCGGCGGUAGGGCAGAGACACACCUCAACCAGAAGAAGUGGUCUGGAGACGCACUGAUGUGGCCUGAACCACUUUGUCCUUCUAAAUAUUAAACAACUUCAGUUGGACAAGUCGCGUCGGGGUCGACUUUGAGAUCCGUGUGACCCUGGUCUGUCUGUGUCACCAGGGAGAAGUGUCAUGGCGGAGCCAGACUAUCUGGAGGGUGACUGUGAUGAGCUCAUCAAACCCAAGAAGCUGAUCAACCCAGUCAAGAACUCCCGUAACCAUCAGGACCUGCACCGAGAGCUGCUCAUGAACCAGAAGAGGGGUCUGGCUCCUCAGAACAAACCGGAGCUUCAGAAGGUUCUGGAGAAAAGAAAGAGGGAGCAAGUCAUCAAGGCUCAGAAGGAGGAGCAGGAGGCCCAUAAAAAGAGGAGUGACCUGGAGAUAGAGCUCAUGAAAAGACAACAGAAACUAGAGCAGCUGGAGCUGGAGCAACAGAAAAUUGACGAGGAACAGGAGAACACCCCAGAGUUUGUGAAGAUGAAGAGCAACCUGCGCAGGACCAAGCAGGAGGCUGACGGAGAGGAACGAACCACCUAAAAACCAGAAGGGGUGUCUGGGUCGGGCUGAUUGUGCGCGUGUUUGUGGGCACAGAGACAUCAGGAGUGUGUGGACAAGAGAGAAUGUGUGUCGUGUCUGUGGUACACAGUGGUGACCUGACCAUGGUCCAAGAUGAACUUCCUGGCUUUCCCGACAUAGCUGUUCCUUCCUGCAGUGAGGAGAGAGACUUUACAGACUAAAGACCCCUCUGUCUGCCUGCCACGGACAGCCAGUAGUCACCCCUGCUCCUCACACCAAUCCAGCAGCACACAGCACCCCCUGCAGGAGUGACCUAUCACAGACAUGUUACAUGUUACACGCCUUUCAACAAGGGCAAGCAAGCAAGCUUCCAAUGCGCUCUGAUGGAGAAACAACCAAACAUACACACAGGAGUUUUCAUUCCCUCUGUUUUCACUCCUCUCUCCACAGCAAGCUGUCAUUUCUCUUUACUGUUAUCGGUGUUGUUAUCGUUGUUGUUUUUGGGGGUUUUUUGUUCUCAUCUUCAGAAUCAAAUAAGGAAAAGUGGACACUGGAUGGACUCUUGAAGCUGUGUAAUGUAAAAGCCAAACAAAUGUGCUUUUGUUAUUUAUGUUUGUAGGUUUUAGCCCAGGUAUAGGGAAGACACUUUUAGUCGUUUAUGUAUUUUAGUUUGUUUUUCAGCAUAGUUUAUGAAGCCAGAACAGGACAAAGGGAGUGUAUGGUUGUGUGAAACACUCAAGUUUGCUUUAUUUUUAUUAUUUUUAAAAUUCUAAACAUGCCAUUUCCUCAGCUAAUGCAAUUUUGAGCAAUAGUAGAACUCCCAGGCAUGAGAGUGACCUAUUCUUUAUAUAUUCUGUUGUUUUGUAUUAAUAAAAGUGUUACUUAAUAAAUAA